AUAUAAAACCUGAUACUGUUAGUUUAUGAACAAAACAACUCUAUCAUUGUUCAGUCAGUUUUAAGAACAAAAUUAUAUCCAUUUAAGUUCAGCAAUGUAGUGAAACAUGAGGAAAAUGUAUAAUUACUGUGUGUCAUGAGAGCCCGAUUUCUUUUCACAAUAGCAAAAGAAACAUAUUGUCCUGGAUCAGAAAACCCUUGUGACCCGUUUUCAAAUCCAAGAAACACUUUUAGGAAUAAAUUGUAAACUUCUAAACGACCAAACACAACUACACUUCAAAUUGUUGAAUGUUUAAAUUCAAAAUGUUUUAACAUCUAUAGUAAAAUAACUUUUUUUUGAGUCACCUGCUAUGCCUUGCUUUAAAUGAGCAUUACACAAUCCCCAUUCACAUGGCAAAUAUGACGAUUUACAUUUUUAUUUACGUGAUAUGAUGUACAUCAGCUUAUGAAAAGUUAAAACAUUAAUAUUUGCGUGACAAGAGAUAGGAUAUUAAUUAUUAUUACUAUUAUUAUUAUUAUUAUUAUCAUAUAACUUAUAAGGACAGAUCAUCUGCUGGCAGAAGAUGAGGGCCAGAGAGUCACAAACAGACUCGGAUCCUCCGGAUGAUGUUCGUGUGCUUCAAGCUGCCCAAAACAACAGCUGUAUGAAAGCCUCCUCACGCCCCUCACUAAUGCUGAUUUCAUUAAAGUUGCAUUCAGACUGUUUUCUGAACACACAGCGGACGCGUUCAGGCUUUUAUCAACUUUUCAAUUAAAACUAUUUAUCAAAUUUACACGCGGCUUUUCCCCGUGGCUGAUGCUCGCCUUGGAUUUGGUCUGACGGAGGCAAAAGAAACAUUUCCUCUUCGCGUAUUUUAGUCUCCAGUGAAAGCUCAGAGCCUCUGCUCGGUGCUCACUUUGUUUUGACUGUGACAAACUAUUUUACCGCUUCAGUUUUGCCCCAAAUGUAAGAGAAGAAAACACAAGCGCGAGGGGCUCGUGGAUGCGCAGAGACACCGAGCAGGGCGGGUUGAGUCUAAAAGGUUCUCAUAUGUUAUUUAAGAACGCAGCGCCGCACGAGCGCUGUUUAUUGCUGAAACCAGACAGCGUUUGAUAGACGGUAGAUCCAAUCCGAGAGAGAUGGCAGAAACCGCUCCAGCACCGGCUGCUGCAGCCCCGGCCAAAGCGCCCAAGAAGAAGUCAGCUACGAAAGCCAAGAAAGCAGGUCCAGGCGUCGGGGAGCUCAUCAUCAAAGCCGUGUCCGCAUCCAAGGAGAGAAGCGGCGUGUCCCUCGCCGCACUGAAGAAAGCUCUCGCCGCCAGCGGCUACGACGUGGAGAAGAACAACUCCCGCGUCAAGAUCGCCAUCAAGACCUUGGUGACUAAAGGCGCCCUGGUGCAGGUCAAAGGGACCGGCGCUUCGGGCUCAUUCAAGCUCAACAAGCAGCAAGUCGAGACCAAGAAGAAGCCGGCCAAGAAAGCGGCUCCUAAAGCGAAGAAGCCCGCGGCCAAGAAACCCGCUGCUGCCAAGAAGCACAAGAGCGCAGCGGCAAAGAAGCCCGCCGCAAAGAAAUCGCCCAAGAAGGCCAAGAAACCCGCCGCCACAGCCGCUAAGAAAGCGACGAAGAGUCCCAAGAAGGCAAAGAAGCCAGCAGCCGCUAAGAAAGCAGUCAAGAGCCCCAAAAAGGCAAAGGCGGCUAAACCUAAGGUGGCAAAGCCUAAAGCCGCCAAGCCUAAAAAGGCAGCGCCCAAAAAGAAAUAAAGUGUUCACUGUUUUUCCUCAACGGCUCUUUUAAGAGCCACCCACUAACUCUAAAAAAAGACCAAAACUCGUGUAUUUUAAUGAUUUGUGUUAAUUUUGUAAAUACGUAGUCAAUUUUUUUUUUUUUUUUUUUUGGAAAACAAAACAAAGCAACUAGUAAAUCAUCUUUAUAUUAAAGAAACUGAAUAAAAACAGCAAAAAAAAAAAAAAAAAAAAAAAAGCUCAUGAGGGUUCGGACAGUGAUCAGUCCAAAUGGGAUGUUGUACAACAAAGUACAGACAGAAU